AUACGCAGUACGGCGCAUUGUUUUCUUUGAAAGUAGCAGCACACCAGAGGUGCCGGUACUCACUUCUUCACUCCCGAUUCUAUAGAAGGCGCCGAUCCCGCUGGGUGUGGUCACUCUCAAAGAGAGAAGAAGAAAGGAUGUGGAUCUGGGAAUCCCUCCGGUCGACGGCGGAUACACUCCAUCGGAGCCUACCGGAUCCUUCACCGGUGAAAGACUUUGGCUGGGGCUUCGCCCAAGCCACGGCGUCCACGGUCUCGGCCGAGGCGAUCCGGGCGCGGGAUCUCCUCCACUGGGCCGCCGACAAAGCACGCAGCGGGGCACCCGAUUUGCAGCAGACCAAACGGAUCGCGUGGGAUCUCGCCGACUACGGCCUCGCCCACGCUACCAAACCCUACACCGCUGGGAUUCCGGUUUACCGUAUCGUGAAAGAAGGGUGGACGAAGGGUCGAUCGGGCCCGGUGGUGCACGUUAAGGAGGAGGAGGAGGAGCUGCAGGACCUGCGGAACAGGAUCGCGAGAUUGGAGAUGGCGAUCGUGGACGAGGAGCGACCGGGGCCUCACGGCCGCCGUGCGGCAUCGGAUCGGGUGUUGGACGGGCUGCUCCCGCAUCAGAAGCCGGAGGAUGUCAUCAGGGUUUACAUGAUGAAGGGAUUCAAAGGUGGAGAUUUCAUCGACGCCCAGGUGGUCCCGCGUGCUGGAAACGCAAAAAGGACCCCGUAUUAGCUUCGCUACAGUGUUACGCCCUCGUAUGUGCACAGUGCUGGAAAUAUAUGUAUUUCCCGAGCUAGUAACGGUUUACCUUUUUUUAAGUUGGAAAUAUAUGUGGGAAAUGUUAGGCUACGUUGACCGUGCUCAUAAAAUGAUAUAGUUGUGCGCAAAUGCUAUGUUGCAUUACCCUUCUUCCCUUGGUUA